GCAACGGGGAAGCGCAUGCAAGAUGAGACAGCCACCUCGCUAACCACACUCGAGCUUUUGUAGGGCAUCUUCCAGCUGACGUCGGCCCGAAACCUGGCUUCCCCCGGACCCAUCCUCCAUGCCUACGCAUCCUCCAGUACACCCACCAUGUCCUCUGUAGAUCACACCAGAGUCCAGAGACAAAUGGGCGGGACGGCCCUAACCAGAGGCGGCUGGACCCAUCGAGGCCGUGUCCUUCCCUCCACGAAGUCCUUCAAAGCUACCUCCCGAACCACUCGCCUCCAUCCAAGGCUGUACAAUGCCCAUUUCCCACAUCAUGGGACUGGACUGAAAAGAAGCCAUAUCUUGCCAAAUCCUGAGUCCGUCAACGAAUGAAUGGUCGAUGGCUGUGUCUUUACAGGAUUCUGCUACUGUUAUUCGAGGAUUUUGUCUUCUGUUUUCGACCCUGUGUAUAUGAUUGGGUGUCGCUACGCUGUCUGGCCACACAAUAGGAGCCUAUCGGACUACCCCUCGGCUCGAGGCACACUGCUCCCAACAUGUGAGGCCCAGGUGGUCAGUCCCAAGCGCGGCUGUGAUGUAAGUAGUGCCUGCGCCCGAUGAGGCCGGUAGACCAUGAAUCGUUGGCGAGCAUCCUUUCACUCCAUCUCCCUGCCCCGGUGACACUGCAAAGAAGAGAUGCAAUCAGAAGUACAGCACAGCGUCCUUUCUGCCCAAGCCUGCUUCAUGACCAAAUCCCUUGCGACGGCCAGGCUGUCUCAUGUCUUCUGAAUCAGAAGCCCCAUCCGACACGUGGUCCACUCUCAUCGCGGAUUUGAAAGAAACAGCACUGGGCGACCAACAGACACCGACACCUUGUUCCAACGAAGGAGAGUUCAGGACCAAUUUCGAGUCGCUCUGCAACGAUCGCUAUGAACCUAACGCUCAGCGACUUCUUAAUCUGUUCUCUCGACAACAUGGCACGAUUACAACCUUUACCAGCACAAUAGACGGCGCUCAAAAUCUCCAGCCACCGGACACACUUAGUGAUUUGUUCUGGCAACUUGCUUUUGCAACCAUUCAGGCCGCUCUUGACGCCGGAUUAUCACUGAAAGACCUCUUUGAAGAACUGAAUCCCCUCAAUCAAGCCCUCAAACCUUUCGGACCGCAGCUCCCGCAAUUUCCUACCCGUCCUCGCGUGCAAGAACCCCUCCAGGUAGUAUUCAGAGAAUAUAUAGAGUGCUACAGCAUCAUGCUAAGCCACUUUGCAACACAUCCCCCCGGCCUUACCUUCGACACCUUUCAUUCCCGCGCCGAAGCCGCAGCUGAAAUUUUUGAAACGCAACUGGAAGACUGGAAAGAGGUGGUGAAACGGUUUUCGGAUGAAGAAACUAAUAGGUCUCUGCCUGCAUUUCCCGAUCCGGGCUUGGACCGUCUGUCUCCUGGCUUGACUACAAGCGCACGGUUUCAGUGGCUUGAACCACUGGGCACGGGCACUUAUGGCCAAGUCUCCAAGGUCCGCGAAGUCUCCACAAACAGCAUCUAUGCUCAAAAGACCAUCAGGGUCCAAAAUAGCCAUCGCGCAAGGAACAUUAUCGAGCAGCAGGUCCGAAAUGAGGUGGCCAUCAUGCACAAGCUACGUCACCAUCAUAUUGCCUCGGUGCUGUUCUAUGUCAGGGACGAAACCACCUUCUCCAUCAUUAUGCUCCCCGUAGGCGACUACGACCUUCGACAUUUCUUGGAGGUGAACUGUGCUGGCUUCCCCCGGACCGAGACGAGACACCUCGAUCAGUGGUUCGGUUGCCUGGCCUCGGCGCUGGCAUAUGCACAUCAGGAGCGAGUCAAACAUGAGGAUAUCAAACCUUCAAACAUACUGAUCCGGGAUCACCAGCCAUAUCUCGCCGAUUUUGGUAGCGCGAUUGAUUUCUCUCUGAUGGAAGGCAGCACCUCGACAGAUGAGUAUAUUGUGGGCACACCAGUGUACUGGCCGCCAGAGCCACUACCACAACGAGGGCGGGCGGCCGACGUCUUUGCUCUCGGAUGUGUCUUCAGCGAAAUGCUCACUGUGAGGCAGCACAAGUCAUUGCAAGAGUACCGUGAUGCCCGCUAUCUCCCUCACGUUGACAAUGGAUAUGCUUUUCGGACGAACUUAGACGCGGUCUAUACGUGGCUUCUGGAGCUCCCAGACAACGUCGGACCUCCAGAAGUGAGGUCGCUUUUGCUAGAGCAGACGAUGAACAUGUUAGCUGCAGACCACACGCAGAGACCAGAAGCACGUGUGGUCAAACGAAAUUUCCGACACGAGGGAGAUGCAUUGUUUUGCCUUAGCUGUGGAUGAUCGGAUAAGCAUGAAUCCAUGGCAACAUCAUGAGUGGUUUUUCUGGCCCGUUUCUUCGGUAGCUUGUAGCCUACAUUUUCGGGAUGACUAUACGUGGUAUGAUUUUUCCUUUGCUCUGCUCACAGUUCUUCUGAAUCUGCGGAAGCAGCUUCAACUCCUAUUUGAGACGAUUCGUUCUCUUCGAAAUUGUCUAU